AUGGUAACCGGAAAAGGAAUUUUAAAUAAAGGAGCUACAUCUGUGUAUCUUGAGUGGUUCCAGUGCUUGGUGGCAGAAGGCUGUUGGAUUAAAUUAACUCAGAUUGGGCGACUGAUUAUUGGACAGAAUGGCAUCCUGUCAACCCCUGCUGUCUCCUGCAUUAUCCGAAAGAUCAAGGCAGCUGGAGGAAUCAUCCUAACAGCCAGCCACUGCCCUGGAGGGCCGGGAGGAGAGUUUGGAGUCAAGUUUAAUGUUGCUAAUGGAGGUCCUGCACCAGAUGUUGUCUCAGACAAAAUCUAUCAGAUCAGCAAGACAAUCGAGGAGUAUGCCAUAUGCCCUGACCUCCGAAUCGACCUGUCCCGACUAGGACGCCAAGAGUUUGACCUGGAGAACAAAUUCAAGCCGUUCAGAGUUAUGGGACCCUACGUGAGGAAAGUCCUGUGUGAUGAGCUGGGGGCCCCAGCCAAUUCUGCCAUAAACUGUGUUCCCCUGGAAGACUUUGGAGGGCAGCACCCUGACCCAAACCUGACCUACGCCACGACCCUUCUUGAAACCAUGAAAGGAGGGGAAUACGGAUUUGGAGCUGCAUUUGAUGCUGACGGGGACCGUUAUAUGAUCCUAGGCCAAAACGGCUUCUUUGUGAGCCCUUCCGACUCCCUGGCCAUCAUUGCUGCCAACCUCUCUUGCAUUCCGUAUUUCCGUCAGAUGGGUGUCCGCGGGUUUGGGAGGAGCAUGCCAACCAGCACGGCUCUGGACAGGGUGGCCAAAUCAAUGAAGGUCCCUGUAUAUGAGACCCCAGCUGGAUGGAGAUUCUUCUCAAAUCUGAUGGACUCAGGACGGUGCUCUCUGUGUGGAGAAGAGAGCUUUGGCACUGGCUCUGACCACCUCCGCGAGAAGGACGGCCUCUGGGCUGUGCUGGUGUGGCUGUCCAUCCUCGCUGCCCGGAAGCAGAGUGUGGAGGAGAUUGUCCGAGAUCACUGGGCCAAAUUUGGCCGCCACUAUUAUUGCAGGUUUGACUAUGAAGGGCUGGAGCCUAAGACAACGUAUUAUAUCAUGAGGGACCUGGAGGCCCUGGUCACGGACAAGUCCUUCAUCGGCCAGCAAUUCGCUGUGGGGAGCCAUGUCUACAGUGUGGCGAAGACAGAUAGCUUCGAAUAUGUGGACCCCGUGGAUGGCACCGUGACCAAGAAACAGGGCCUGAGGAUCAUUUUCUCAGACGCAUCGCGGCUCAUCUUCCGGCUCAGUUCUUCCAGUGGUGUGCGGGCCACCAUCCGGCUGUACGCAGAGAGCUAUGAGCGGGAACCCAGCAGCCAUGACCGGGAGCCACAGGCCGUGCUGAGCCCCCUCAUAGCCAUUGCGCUGAAGAUAUCCCAGAUCCACGAGAGAACCGGCCGGAGGGGACCCACAGUCAUCACCUGA